GUUGUUGACUCCGGCGACGGCGUAACCCAUUGCAUACCAGUUGCGGAAGGAUACGUUAUAGGAUCAUGUAUCAAGCAUAUCCCCAUCGCUGCAAUACGUGAGGAGGAUAGAGAACCUACAAUUCCUUCGGAUCAAUCGUAUGAAGUGGCAAAGGCGAUCAAGGAAAGAUACUGCUACGUUUGCCCUGAUAUUCUCAAAGAAUUCAUAAAAUAUGAUACGGAUGGCUCAAAGUGGUUGAAAACUUAUCAUGGUAUUAAUAAUAUCACCAAGAAAGAGUUUGUCGUCGACGUAGGAUACGAACGUUUCCUUGGUCCAGAAAUUUUCUUCCAUCCUGAGUUCGCUAAUCCGGACUUUACUACGCCUAUUUCGGAUAUAAUCGAUAAUGUUAUACAACAGUGUCCCAUCGAUGUUCGUCGAGGCUUAUAUGAAAAUAUUGUUUUAUCAGGAGGUUCCACAAUGUUCAAGGAUUUCGCUCGUAAACUUCAACGAGAUAUCAAGCGAAUCAGUGAGAAUAGACUGGCUCUUAGUGAAGCUCUGAGUGGCGGACAUCUAAAGCCUAAGCCAAUCGAUGUUCAAGUAAUAUCACAUAAAAUGCAACGAUACGCGGUUUGGUUUGGAGGAUCAAUGUUGGCUUCUACGCCUGAAUUCUAUAAAGUAUCACAUACGAAAGAAGAAUAUAUGGAAAGAGGUCCUUCCAUUUGCCGGCACAAUCCCGUCUUUGGAGCGCUCACAUAA